AUGUAUCACAACCUCCGGAAUGCUUCCCGCACUGGAUUUUCUUUUCUUUCUUUAUUUAUGUUGAUUCGCUAGGCAGAGAAAAGGAACAAACAUACAAUAUACAACUGAAAUUGCGGGAAAGGACAAAAAUAAGAAGAGGAAUCAUUAGCCAUGUCAUCAGAGUCAGUGCACGACUUCGAGGUGGUGGACAAGGGUGCUACUGAAGACACCGGAGACCACGUUUUUGGUUCGGAGCCGAUCAUGUCUGAAGUUCAGUUCGCUGAAGAAAAUGGACCAAUUCUUCCCCCGCCGGAACGUAUGGUUGCGGAGGAGGGGUUGGCCUUGAGAGAGUGGCGCCGAUUGAAUGCAGUACGACUGGAGGAGAAAGGACAAAGGGAGAAAGAAAUUGUUAGGGAAAUAAUUCAAGAAGCAGAGGAAUACAAAGCAGAGUACUAUAGGAAAUGGAAACUUAGAUGUGAGAAUAACAUAGCUGCUAACCGGGAGAAGGAGAAGUUAUCAAAAUGUGCUGAAUCUGCUUCAAACCUUUGGUACAAAUUGUCUACGAAAGUAGUUGUCUUUUGGUUAUUCUUGGCAAACCAAGAGAAGUUCCACACUGAAGCUAAUAAGGCUUAUUGGAGGGCAAUUGGAGAGCUUAUCCCAAAGGAGGUCCCAACCAUAGAAAAGAAGGGAAAGAAGGAUAAGGAGAAGCAGCCAUCCAUCAUUGUAGUCAAAGGACCCAAACCUGGCAGGCCAACCGAACUCUCUAGAAUGCGUCAAAUACUUGUGAAACUCAAACACAACCCGCCUGAGCAUAUGAUGUCACCAAAACCAUCUUCACAACCGGAAAAAGAUGCAAAGACAGGAACGGAAACUCCUGUUGCAGCUGCCUCAGCUAAGUCUCAAGCUACUGCAGCAACUUGAAGGUUGAUUCUGCUGGAGAAUGAAAAUGCAACUGUCUUGAUCUUGUAAAUUCAGUCAUCCUUUACGUUGACUUAAAUGUAAUGGGUUUGAGAAUAACUCCUAUCAGGAAGUGUUUGCCCUCAUUUCUAGUUUUAGGAGCAGCUAAUAUUUGCAUAGAGAAAAGGUUUCUCUUCGCUUCUAUGUUUUUACUGUGUUCAUAUCCCUCCUGUAAACUUUACCUUCAAUAUCUGAAUUUGGAGUUGCAUAGUAGCUCAUUCUGUGAAA